AUGGCAAGUCUGGGGUACCAUGUGAAGAACCUGGCGUCUCUAACAGCAUUUACUGUCGCUAUUUCCUCUUGUUUCUUGCUGGUCGUCGUCUAUUACAUGUGCUCAUUCGGUGGCACCUACCAACGGUCGCUAUACCGUCAUGAGAACCAACUUGGUAAUCACGUUCCCAGGAUAUUCAAGCGAACAGCCGAUCCGCACAACCAAUUUCAUUAUUACAAAAAUUGUAUCCCCGCAUCUCCGUCCCCAGAAGACAUUCAUAAACUGUGCUCAAAUCAGGAGUGUGCUACGGUUCACUGCAUCCGUUCGUGCCGCUGCGGGGACAACGGUUGCAAUGUUUCUUCGAGGACGACAUGUUUCACGAGAGCAUGCUCCCAAUUUCGAGUGAAGAUCGGUCAAGCAGAAAACGAGGUUUCACUUGAGCGCUUCUCAGAUGUUCUCAACGAUUAUCUGUCUAGAUUACAAGAUAUAAAAGACAUUGAAGUAUCGUGUUCUGAUAAUAGUUCCCACCUACUUGACAGAAAACUCGACUUGGAGAUAAAUAGAAACGAUUUGGACUCUUGCACUUUGGACGAGGUCGUGGAGUCAAAACAUAUAAAGCCCACUGGAGAAAUCCAUCAACCAAAUCGGUCAAAACCAGACGUGUAUCUUAUUUAUUUUCGUCUGAUGUCGAAAUGGGAAAGUCUCAUCAAAUUACCUAGGUUGAAUUCCUUAAUCGAGCAUAAAAGAAAGGACAUGUUUUGGAAUCUGUAUUCUUUUGACAACAUUCAAAGUGACAGUUUUCUGCUGGAUAAAAACUUACGAAGUGUCCUGGGUGUGUCAGGGGUUUCCUCUAGUGCCAAGACUAUGUCUCUAGAAGAAGUCGAUCUGCUGGAACUGGCCAUGAAAGACGGGAAGUGUGUGUUUUUUCAUACACUAACUUGUCAUAAAUCGGGGAUUUACCGCAAAAUACAAGAAAUCCUGCAA